AUGAUGUCCAAUGGCGACGAGGUCAAGAAGCGACCCCUGGAGGACCACGCCAGUCUGAACGGAGAACUCAAUGGCGAUGCACCAACUAAUCUAGACGUGGCUCACAUCCCCGAGGAAGGAUCAUUAAAGCGCCUCAAGGCUGAAGACGACGAUCACGUUCCCUUCUCGCCCCCAAUCACAGCACCCGUCGCUUCCUCGGCAGCAUCAGACUACCCUUCCCUGGUGCCCUCUCUCGAGCACAGCCGCCCCGACUUCCCCAUCCCUCCAGCCCAUAGCACUGCAGACCAGUUGAUAGAUAGCGACAUCAAAGUCCCGAGCCACCUUCUUAGCACACACACUCCCAGCGUCUCUUCGAUUCCACUGGAACCUCUGCCCACUCCCUCUCCAGCGGCACCAGUACCACUGACCCAAGAGCCACGGAAACCUGAUGAUGCUGAAGUCUCAAAGCCUAUUCCCCAGCCCGCCCAAUCCACCGCAGAGCCUGUCGCUCCUUCAGUCAUCUCGUCAAACCUGGAACCCAAACCUGUCAAAUCUGAAGCACCCACAACUACAUUUGCAGCACCUCCAAUCCCACCUGCGCUCGACACUACGACUAUCGCUCCUCCCGUGGCAACUGCAACUCCCGCAACUCCUGCUACACCCGUCACACCUGCUACUCCCGCAACUCCCGCAACUCCUGUGAACCCUGCAUUGAACGGUGCUCGCAAGUCAUCCAUGACUCGGGAACAGCUCAAGUAUUGUACGGCAAUCAUUAAGCAGCUAAAGCGCCAUCGGGAUGCUGGUGCAUUUUUGCAGCCAGUCGAUCCAGUUGCCCUCAGGAUCCCCGACUAUUUUACUGUGGUCAAGAAUCCCAGGGAUCUCUCGACAGUCGAGCGGAAGUUGAACAACCUGGAGUACGACACUGUGGACGACUUCGUUCAGGAUGUGAACCUCAUCUUUGCUAACUGCUAUCUGUACAACGGCCGGGAGUCACCUAUCGCGAUUUUUGCGUCGAACCUGGAAUCAGCAUUCACGAGCUCGUUGAGAUACAUGCCCAAGGAGACCAUCAAAGCUACGCCAGACACUCAGAAGGAGAGCACGAAGAAAGCUUCUCCUGCCAAGGCCAGGAAGGAGGUGGCCAAGAAGGAGGAUGUCAAGAGUCAGGCUCCCGCAGCCGUGCCCCAACCGGACUUUGUACCAUCUGCUUUUACUCUCUCCAGAGCUGCUUCAGAGGAACGUCGACCCAAGCGUGAUAUCCACGCGCCUUCCAAGGAGAUUCUCACCGCGAUUGCAGUUAAGAAGAAAGGAUCUGCCAAGUGGAAAGCGGACCCUCAGUUGCGGUACUGUCAAGCAAUCUUGCGCGAGUUUGCCAAGAAGGCCAACAUGGAGUUUAUGUUCCCUUUUAUGGAACCGGUCGAUUACGUCGCCCUCAACAUUCCCGACUAUCCAAAGCUCAUUAAGAACCCUAUGGACCUUGGGACUGUGAAGACGAAGCUUGAGGAGGAUGAGUACGAGAACGCCGCCCAGUUCGAGGCCGACGUCCGCCUGGUUCUCUGGAAUUGUUUCAAAUUUAACCCUGCGGGCACACCCGUCCAUCUGAUGGGUCGUCGUAUGGAGACUCUGUUCAACACCAAGUGGGCUGAGCGUCCUCCACCACCCACCCCUCCACCAGUUGUAGAGGAGCCAAAGCAAGAAGAGUCUGAGUCUGAAUCUGAUUCGUCAGAUGACAAGAUUGCCGAGAUGGAGAGACACUUGAAGACAUUGUCGGAGAAAAUCAGGCUGAUGAAGGCAGCUACUAAGAAGAAAGAGAAGGUUGAGAAGAAGGCGCCAGUCAAGACGGCGCCGCCACAGGAGAAGCCCGUCAAACCCAAGGCAGCCGCCAAGACGCCUGUCAAGGCCCCUCCCAAGCCAGCUCCAGCAAAAGCCCCUGCUCCCGAGAAGAAAAAGGCUCCGCCCAAGAGGUCACGCCCCGUGUACAGCAGCAGCAGUGGAAGUAGCAGCAGCAGCGAGGACGACGUCCCCAUGAUCACGUUUGAGCAGAAGAAAGAGCUCAGCGACAGCAUCAACAACUUUGAGGGCGACAAGCUUGCCAAUGUUGUUCAGAUCAUUCACAGCAGAAUGCCUCACCUUCGCGAUAAUGGUGGCCAGGAGGAGAUCGAGUUGGACAUGGACUCGUUGGACCCCAAAACCCUCUACAAGCUGUACGAGUACGUCAAGAAGACUACCGCUCCUAAGCGCAAGAAGCCUGCUCCCAAGAAGGUCAAGGUCCAAUACUCUGAGGCAGACGCCACUAAAAAGAUCACCGAGCUCGAGAGGACGCUCCAGAAAUUUGAGCACCCUGCUCCACAUGUCAAGGGAUCUCAAGCUGGUGUCAAUGACGGGUACUCGUCCAGCUCAAGCGGAAGCAGCUCUUCCGGCUCUGACAGCGACUCUGGCAGUAGUAGCGAUUGA